AUGAUAAAGGCUCGAUUGAGUGAACUGCAUCAGACAGUGACUACGAUGACAAAUGGUGUAUCUACAAUUAUAAUAACAUUGGCAAUAAAUUCUUCUCAAGCCUCAAAGAAUCAGAACAAUUGUGUACAAAAGAGGAGUCCUGCAUAUGUUGACGCUCGUAUACCUUCAAAAGAACAAUUGGCAUGGAGAAAGGUGAAUGUCUCAGUUCCAAAAAGCUCUUGUUUUGUGGUUGAUAAUACUAGUACCAAACUAUCUAGGAAGCUGGUGCAACAACGUUCAACUGAGAUGGAAGCAUGUUUUAUGACUGCCAAAGGAAUGCCAAGGGAGCUCCAUGAAAAAGAGCCAUUUGUCAGGGCAUCUAUAACUUUGUAUGACGUUGGAUGCGCCAUGGAACCUCGGACCCCUCAGCUAAUGGAGGCCGUUGAAGGCCAACAACCCAGUCCACCAAUAUGUAGUACAUUAUGGCUGCAAACUCAGGUACUUAAUAGGAGGACCAAGCUCAUAUUUAAAAAAGGAGGUUUAACAAGAAUUGGAUCGAAAUCUAAGUCUAGAUCCCAAGGAAGCUUGGGAUUAGUUGGGAACCAGGAACUCAAAACUCCACCCACCAGUGGGCUGAAAAAAUCAGGAAUCUUGCGAAAGAUAUGCAAGAUAGUACCAGCCGCUGCUAGUCACUCUUCCAAGGAAAAUAUUGCAGCCGCGCACCAAAAAAGGAAGGCUGAGUAUAAUGGUGAUAGUACAUAA